AUGCUGGUGCAGGAGCUGAAGGAGGACGAGGAGCUGCUGCUGCUGAGCCUGGCGUCGCCCGCGUCGCCCAGCGCCGGCGAGGACGAGGGCGAGGCCGAGGAGGACGAGCCGCCCGCGCCCUGCCCGGCCCGGCUGCAGCGGCGGCGGCGGCGGCGCGGGGCGGCGCCGGGCCCGGGGGCGCGGGCGGCCGAGACGGCGCAGCGCCUCAAGCGCAGCCGGCGCCUCAAGGCCAACAACCGCGAGCGCAACCGCAUGCACAACCUCAACGCGGCGCUGGACGCGCUGCGCGACGUGCUGCCUAGCUUCCCCGAGGACGCCAAGCUCACCAAGAUCGAGACACUGCGCUUCGCGCACAACUACAUCUGGGCGCUCAGCGAGACGCUGCGCCUGGCCGACCGCUGCGCCCUGCUCCCCGCGCACGGCCACGGCCCCGCCGCCAGCCCCGCGCCCGCGCCCGCCUGGACCCGCGCCGCCAGCCCCGCUGCCUCCGCCUCCGCCUCUGCCUCCCCCUACAGCUGCACUUUAUCGCCCGCCAGCCCGGCCGGCUCCGCCUCGGACCUGGACUAUUGGCAGCCCGAGCAGCCGCGCUACGCGCCCCCACGGGCGCUGGCCCGGGAGUGCGCCUGAUCCGGCACCCCCGGGCACCCCCACGCCCCCUCUGCACCCUCCCACUGCCUAUAUGCCCCUCUUGCACAGCCCAGCACCCCCUGCACCCCCCCUACACAGCACACGUACCCUGCGCACCUGUGCACGCGCCCCUCAUGCACACCCUAACACCCCCACGCACAGCAUAUGCACCCCAUGCAACCCCCACACACCCUGCACACCCUCACAUGCACACCCAAACACCCAUCCCCCUCACAGCGUGCACACCCUGUGCACCCACACCCCUCACGCACUCACCCCCCCACCAUGCACACAUGCUAACCCCCCCUGCGUGCGCACACGCUAUGCACACAUGCACGUCACCCCCAUACACACCAUGCACACAUACACACCCUGCACACUCCCCAUACACACACCUUACCCACACAUGCAUGCACAUCCCUGAUAUGCCCCGCACACACGCCAUGCACACAAAUGGACCCCCCAUGCACCAUACAUGCACGCACACAUACCAUGCAUGCAACCCCCACACAUAAGCACACCCCAACUACAACCCUUCCCCCAAACCAUACAACCCCCCCAUGCACACCCACACCUUACAUACACACACCAUACACAUGCAUGCUUGCACACACUCCCUACACCUCCCCCCACACACAUACAGCAUGUACACACCCACACCCUACACACCCACCCUACACACGCGCACCCCAUGCCCCCUUCCUCCCCACAGAGGCGCAGUGCUGUCUGUCCCUGCCAUCUGGCUGCUGUUUCUAUUCGCGCCCUUGCAAUAAUGUCACUGGGGCUGGCUGUGUAGCAGUUUCUCAGAGAGGCUGGAACCAUGGGCGAGGCUCCCCCUUGAGCAGGCUCUAGAUAGGGUUAGGAGCAGCCCCCCCCCC